CGAUUGUAAUUCUAUACUAUAAUUAGUUAGUAAUAAUAGGUGAUAUUACCGUGAAUAUUAUGUCAACAUACUGUAAAUUAUAACCAUGGGACGCCGCCGAACUAACAAUCGACGCGCACCGCCACAAAGACGGGCUAUCGUCGCCGCGUAGGGGAUACACACCAGCACUUUCCGGGACAUAACUGCGAAGAACAGUUCGUAAAUAAUGAUAGUAUAAAAAGACGAACAACACAAAUCUUAGAGAAGAACAACAACCCAGAGCUGAAUUGUUCGGCCUCGUCGACAACGACACAAUCAAAAUCAAAAUUCGAAAUCGUGUUCAAAAUCGAAAUUCAAAUCUCUAUAAAUAAAAUAUUCUAGUUGUUUUUGUACUCUAUUUGAAACUUCUUCCGUUGACUUUUCUCUCUCUCUCUCUCUCUCUCUCUCUCUCUCUCUCGCCUAUAAAAGUAGUCUUUUUUGGGGGUCAAUGUAUCAAUAUACAACUCCAUCGUACGGUUUUCCUUCCAUGUCGAUUUCUGGGAUUCAAGGCCAAUUGCUUGAAGUUACAGUUGUUAGUUGUAAUAAAUUAAAGGAUACUGAAUGGAUUUCAAGGCAAGAUCCCUAUGUCUGUGUCGAAUACGGUAGCACAAAGUCCCGCACCCGAACCUGCACAGACGGAGGCAAAAAUCCUACGUUUCAAGAGAAAUUCGUGUUUACACUAAUUGAAGGGCUACGAGAGUUGAAUCUUGUGGUGUGGAAUAGCAAUACCCUCACUUAUGACGACUUCAUCGGCAGUGGAAAGGUUCAAUUGCAAAAAGUUCUUUCUCAGGGAUAUGAUGACAGCUCUUGGCCUCUUCAGACCAAAACCGGAAGGCAUGCAGGAGAGGUUCGGCUAAUAAUGCAUUAUGCAAACGCCAAUAAGUUGGCAACACACUAUGCUCCAUCGGCUCCACCAUAUGUAGCUCCAGCUGUACCUCAAGCUUCUUUUUACUCUGCACCACCUCCAGCAUCAGGUCAUUAUCUUCAGCCAUCCACUUCCUACCCUGCACCAUCUCCUUAUCCUUCAUACCCACUGGCUUCAGCAGCUUAUGCACCACCUCCAUACCAUUCUUCUCAGCCAGCGGCUUAUCCUCAAGCCUAUCCACCACCUUCAGCAUAUCCUCCACAACCAUAUCCACCUCCACCACAGGCCUCACCCUAUAAUCCUCCAGGUCCAUACCCUGGAACUUAUCCUCCACCACCAUAUUGAGAUAGAACUCCUGUGUGCCAAAGUUAAGACGCAAGAUUUAUAGGUUACCUACAGUCGUACUGUAUAGGCCUUGUGUUGAAAAUGGCUUUGUAGUUAUAUUGUCCAACAUCAAGAAUUCAAUGCUUGUGAUGUCAAACUCAUAUAUUUUUGUUUUUUGCUGGAAAAUGUUAAUUGUGUUUUGUACUCAGAAUGUUUCUGACACAAAUUGGUUGGUUUAUCUGUUUUUUUUCUCUUGUUAAAGGCGU